UGGUUGACGAACAGGCAAAAAAAACCGGUUUUGGAAGAAAAACACAGUGAUGAUGAUAAAGAUGAUGAAGACAUCACCGAUUUACCUAGACCUACUUUACUUAGACGGCCUAAGACCCCAGAAACAGGUGAUCCGGUUCAAAUAGCAAAGAAGAAAGAAAAAGGUACAAUUAAAAAGAAGCCUUGUACUCCUCCUUGUAUAUGUAACAAAGAAAGUGAAGUUAGUACUAAAAUUGAGCCCACUAUAAGUCACAGACUAGGAUUUAAAUAUGUUUAUGAGGCACCAACAGUUGAAGGCAGACGUGUAUACGUUUCUCCUCUAAAACGCAAAGAAGAAUACUAUAACAAACCAUUAACAAAUCGAUAUCAUUGUAAAUAUGCAAGUGCCUUAAUGCCCAGGCCCAUAUCAAAAAGAAAAAUCGAUAUUACGCUUGCUGUUCCUUCACCAGAACCUAGUUCGGCAAAAGUGGCUCUUCGACGAGCAACUCCAUCACCGAGCAUAGAACCUUUUUCUCCGGAACGACCUGAUGAAGAAGGACUAGAAGUAAAAAAACCCAAAAGUGGAAUCUUUAUUAAUGUCAAAGAAUCGGAUAAACAAAAACCAGCCAAAGUUGAAGACUAUGAUAGUUUUGAUUUAGUGUAUCAAAGACAACCUAGACCCCGUAGUCCCAAUUAUGUUAAAGAGAGAAAACAAAAAAUGAGAGAUCGUUCAGGUCUCACAGAUAUAACCGAAGAUGAUGAAACUCAUACGCCAAUAUCUAAAAAAAGAAAAAAGAGAUCAAAACGUACACAUAAAAAGUCAGUAACAGAUGACGAGAUGGACGGUAUUACAUCAGAUAAUUAUUAUGAUGGAGAGGGAGAAGAGACUAAUGUGUAUUUAACAAAAAUGUUUCGAAGAAAAGUUUCACUGACGUCUGCUGCAACUUCUUACCAGAGUAGAGAUAUUCCUCAUUCCACUAUAUCACUUGUUACGGAUGCUGGUGUUGACAAAUACAUUCAAAAAUUCAGAAGAGAUUCAGAAAUGAAAAAAUUUCAACCAAAGAAAAGAAAGAUUAAAAGGGGAACACUCCAAAGUCAUUCAUUCACCGAUAUGUAUCAGCCUAUUUUAAAAGACUUCUUUUUUGGAUCGAUGCAGGGCACUAUGCACCAGGGUGAUUUAUCGUUUCCUGAAUCCAUUAGAAAUAAACAAGGAUUGUGUAUGCCAGUUGCAGCUUAUUGUUACUCUAUGUUAACUCACCCAAAUAAAUGGACAACUGAAACAAUUGACAGAAUUUUGUCUUACGGAAACCAAUUAUUCAUGGAUAGUAUAGAGAAGAAUAUCUUUUAUAGUACUGAUAAAGAAUUUAAAAGGGAAGAUCUAAUUAAAUAUUGCAUUAUUGGCUGCAAUAAGAUGAGGUUUUCUGUCGAAGAUCCAGAUGUAACAGGUUAUAUAAGAUCUGACGACAAAAGAGUUUUUAACUUAACAAAAGCUUUAAAAAUAUUUUUCUACCGUCAAACGGCAGGCAUUUUUAAAACUCAAGACAUAUGCAUAGCAAUUUGGAAAAAUAAGUAUUUAUAUAUGUUUGAUGCAAGGCCAAGAACUAAAGAUUUGUACGUUUGUUGUGCUGGAACUGCUGUAAUGGCUAACUUUUACGACGUAACAUCCUUGGCAACAGUUUUGCUAGGUAGAUCUAAUUUUGCAAAUUGGUCUUUCGCUAUAUAUCCCUUAAAGGUUUUUAAAGUAAUGCAUAUAGACGACUUUGAAGAAGAAUCAACCGUAAUCUUAGAUGUUAAAAGUGAAUAUAUUAUUUUAAACGAGAACAAGGCUGUUGUUCUAGCUUCUUUUGAUUUGGCAGAUAAAUAUUUUGAUUUCUCCAGAAAUAUGCAGUCCUUGCCUAUGUCAGUAAUAGCUUUGGUCUACUCCCGUAUAACUCAUCCAAGCGUUUGGCACCGUAGAACUUUGGAUAAAAUACUAAUUUUGGGAAACCUUCUCUAUAACGAAUGUAUAGAGUGCAAAAAUGUUUUGGAAUUAAAACUCGAAAAUUUACCAGCUUUAUUUACUAUCGGCCCAUAUAUUGUUGAAAUUUAUAUUUUCGGCAAUGUUUUUGCUGACCUAAUGUACAGAUCCUGUGUUUGCCAACUGAAAAGAUGUUUUGAACAAUUCUUUGGAAAAUGUACGAACGCUAUACUCCAAAUUGGACAAUGUCACAUGGCUGUUUGGAAACAAAGAAACAUGUUAUAUUGCUUUGAUCCUUAUUCUAGAAACACUGAAGGAUAUGCAACAGCCCGUGGUGUGGCUUGUGUCUCAAUGCAUUCAACUUUGGAUUCUCUAAUUGAUCUGGUAGCUACUAAUUACGACAAAGAUGCAGUAUUUUAUAUUCAUGCUUUAAAAGUUUGCAAAAUACAUAGAGAUCCUUGUCAAGCUGGUCGAUUUCCAAGACAUCUUUCCAUGGACGAUUUUCCUGUAGACACAUUCAAAAAGUAUAAAAUAAAAAAAUCCAAAAAGAAUGCUACAGAAAAACCGAUAACUGUUGAUUACUCAGCAAUAGCUAUGAGAAGGCUUCUAGCAGAGGAAAGCCCGCACGGUUCCAUAUUAGAAAUAGGCUCUACAGUUGGAAGUAUUGGCAUGGAUCAACUAGGAUUACCGUCAUAUCAAAAACGUGUCCCCAGUUUGAUAUUAAAAGCCGAUUUUAAAAAGGCGAUGGAGGAAGUGAUUGCAGAUUUGGACAGCCCAAGUCUGGAAGAUACACAGAUUGAACCUCCACUGCCUCAACAGACAAGCGAGGAAAUAGAGUUUAUGGAUUUAGACGACUUUGAACCGACUAUGGAAGAAAAAGAAAUGGAAGAACCACAAGCUGAAGGAGAAGGUGGCUUAGCAAAAGGGUUUAUUCAUGACGCAGAAGCAGAAGGUGAAUGGGAAAGAAAAAAAGGACAAAUGGAAAAAGAAAUGCUCCAAGAACCAGAAGAAUGGUACUACGCAACCGAUAAGUCCCUCCAGAAAGAUAUGGCGAUGGAACCGAGCAGAGUAUCUGAGGAGGUAAAUACAGAACUUACCUAUUUUCCAAUUAAGAAGGAAAUUCUCUAUCCGACCUAUAUUAGGGGGAAACAACAAAUGAAAUAUCGUCUCCAAAAAUAUAAGUUUACCGAAGAGGAUUGGGAAAAUUAUUUACCUCCUUCUCCACCAGACCUAACGCAAUCACAAGAACUUAAAAAAGAUACCAACUUUAUAGAUCUUCCAGACGACACUCAAAUAAUUCUUGGUAGUAAGAAUGUAGCUCAUUUGGGAAAAACUGUCGAAUAUAUAGCUCCAUUUGUGUGUAUAAUGGCUAAUGUUGUUGCCAAAAAAUACUCUAUUAUUUCUUGGACUGGUGAAAUAGUGGAUUAUAUAUUGAGGUGUGGCAAUGAGUUAUAUUCAGCAUCCAAAUUUAGAUAUGACCAGGUAUCAAAACUAGAAAUUCCAAGAAUAACUCUGGGAAACAACGCUUAUAGUGUCCUGGUUGAAUACAUUUUCGAUAGCUAUAUUAGACAAAACAUUCUGGCUCUUGCUUUGGAGAAGAUUUUGUUUGUAAGAUCAGACACUGGAGUAUUGGUGACACCAUCUUAUGCCUGUGCUGUAAUGCAUAAAAACUACUUGUAUUACUUAUUUGAUCCUUUUGGAAAUAACGAAGUAGGAUUAAGUGAAGGACCUAGUCAAAAAGGCGUAACUUGCUUUGCGAGAUUUAAAGACCUUCAUUCUCUAACAAUGAGAAUUCUAUAUAACAAGAAAAAACGAGAAAGUGCAGAAGAAGUUGCCUAUAGUAGGUUCGUUUUAAGUUCUGUGAAAGUAAAAGAAAUUAUAAACUUUGCUGAAAGGGGUAAACCAAAAAAGAAGAAAGACAAACGCAAAAUUGUAUUGUCUGAUGAAGAAGGAGAGGGUCAACUUACCGAAUAUUAUAUGGAGGAGGCUGAAGAAGAAAUGGAUAAAGAAGAAAAGGAAGAAUAUCCAGAAAACAAAGUAGGAUACCACUAUCAAUCGGGAUAUUGUACAAUCCUCGGUACCAAAGCGCUCCCCGGCCGAAAAGCCGUGAGCGCUGAUCUUAAGGAAGAUCAUUUUAUCUGUGUUUGUGCUUGUCUUCUACUGCUGACGACUCCCGUCACUAGAUGGGAUACCAGAAAGGUAGAUUUGGCCAUUGAUUAUGGAAUUCACGUAUAUUCCCAUGCUGACGAUUUAUUGAUUUCUGAAAAGCGAACAAUAAAAAACAUUUUGGUAGGUAAACACUUUUUCGACAUAAUUAUCAAGUUAAUUAAAAUUGAAGACUGGAAGCAAAACCGAAAUCUAAGCAAAGGAAUAGAUUACCUUCUAGCAAAAAAACUCUCUUAUUUUUUGGUGCAGUUUGCCAAUGCUAGCUACGUAAUCCACAAAACUCAGGAUGAGAAAUAUCACAUCUUUGAUCCAUAUGGCCAACCAAAGAAUCAACCUGCUGGUUGGUUAAAAUGUCGGGACAUAAGGGAGCUUAAGUGGCAAUUAAAAAAGAAGAUACUACGAGAUUCAAAAUCAUACAACUUUUACACAUUUGAAGUCACAUCGAUCACCAAAGCUCCCAAAGACUUGGUAAUAAGUCACGAAUUACAAACUUACGAUAUGGUAACAGCGGAAAGAAAAGAAAAGCAAAAUAUACCAUUUUAUGAGGAUGUUGAAUGGUUAAAAGUGGAUCCCAUUGCGUGGUCCAGAAAGAAUGUUAAAGCUCCUAAUGGUAAAAUCAGAGGAACUCCUGAGAACCUUUGGCAUAAUUGGGAUGAAGAAUAUCCAAAGGAUCUAUAUUCUUUAAUGGGAAAUGUUAAUGAAUAUUCGACAAGAUUUUCGUCGAAAUCCCGAGCAAAGCAAACGUUAGCCAAUUUAGUGACAGCCAUCGGUAUGACCAAGAUCUACGAAUUAGAGGAAUGGAAUUCUGCUGUGGUAGAUUCAGUGUUAGUCAAUGGCGACAACUAUUUCCGUGAAUGUAUGGAAAAUAUAUCUGAAGAAGAUUACGAGUUGACGAUAGAUGAUUUAAAUGCAGAGUGUUCCAUCUUUCCUUUCUCAUUUAGAGUUAACUUCAAUCCAAUUGUGGAGGGUACAAUGUUUUUAGUUAGACCCACGCAGUAUAAUCUUUAUAAAGCACUUUGGUACUUCUUCAAUAAUGUAAGCAACCGUUGCGGUAUAAUAUUUGUGACAAGACAACAAAGUAAAAGACAAGUAGCUUUUGGCAAACUAAGAGAAUCGGAAUACUUCAUGUUUGAUUCGAGUUGUCGAGGCAGUCCGAUGUUUCUGCAAGGAACUGGAGUUGCGUAUAUUCUAAGAAUGACAACCCUCAACAGAUUGCUUCAUGUACUAACGUUGACGUUAAGAGGUGGAGACUUUUAUAUUUACGAAGUGGAAGUUACUGAUUUAAAACCAAUUAAUUAA